CGCGGCUGCCGCUCGAGCUGUUCCUUGCUUGGCACCGCGGCUGGUUUGCCGCAGCCCCCUACUCCGCAUCUGCCGAGCCCUCCCGGGUCCGGGCGCUGGUCUAUGGGCAUCACGGGGACCCAGCCAAGGUCGUCGAUUCAUAUGGCAUCACAGGUGUACAGCCUUGGCCUCAAAGGAGCCAUUGUGAUCUUAUCCAGUCUGGGAUCUGUUGAGUGAAGACAGGGGCAUCUCUCCGAGUUGCCUGGCGCCAUUACACACACAGGGGAAGGCCAUGAACCGUCCCGGGGAAGUGACUUGAGAUCUAGCCAGACUGUGUUUGGGUGCCUCAUUUGCACUCCAGAACAGAGCCACCGGUUCCUUUGGCUGAAGAACCUGGAGCUAGCUGCUGUGGGCGGAUCAGGCGUCCAUGUGAAGAUGCUGGCAGCCCCUAUCAAUCCAUCUGACAUAAAUAUGAUCCAAGGAAAUUAUGGCCUCCUUCCCAAGCUCCCUGCCGUUGGAGGGAACGAAGGCGUUGGACAGGUGGUAGCAGUGGGCGGCAGUGUGACUGGGGUGAAGCCAGGAGACUGGGUGAUUCCAGCCAAUGCCGGUUUGGGAACCUGGCGGACGGAGGCUGUGUUCAGUGAGGAAGCAGUGAUCAGCAUUCCAAGUGACCUCCCUCUUCAGAGUGCCGCCACCCUGAGUGUCAAUCCCUGCACGGCCUACAGGAUGUUGAUGGACUUUGAGCAGCUGCAGCCAGGAGACUGUGUCAUCCAGAAUGCAUCCAACAGUGGAGUGGGGCAAGCAGUCAUCCAGAUCGCCGCAGCCCUGGGCCUGAGGACCAUCAAUGUGGUCCGAGACAGACCUGACUUCCAAAAGCUGACUGACAGACUGAAGAGUCUGGGGGCCGAGCAUGUUCUCACAGAAGAGGAGCUAAGGAAGCCUGAGAUGAAAAACUUCUUUAAGGACAUGCCCCCGCCGCGGCUUGCUCUCAACUGUGUUGGCGGGAAAAGCUCCACAGAACUGCUGCGACACUUAGCGCCUGGGGGAACCAUGGUGACCUACGGGGGAAUGGCCAAGCAGCCUGUCAUAGCCUCUGUGAGCCAGCUCAUUUUUAAGGAUCUCAAACUUCGAGGCUUUUGGUUGUCCCAGUGGAAGAAGGACCACAGUCCAGCCCAGUUCAAGGAGCUGAUUCUCACGCUGUGUGGUCUCAUCAGCCGAGGCCAGCUCACAGCCCCCGCCUGCUCCGAGGUCCCACUGCAGGACUACCAGCGUGCCUUGGAAGCCUCAAUGCAGCCCUUCGUGUCUUCAAAGCAGAUUCUCACCAUGUGCUAAUCACAGAGGAGCCAGAGCGAGGUGGGAGGCGAGACGGAUCAGCCGGACUGGUUUCUGGUGCCUCGGUCAGGGCCCCCUCAGCCUUCUGCAGGCUUUCCUCUCUUCCAACUGGGAAGGUUGUGCAGCCAGCCAAGGCUUGCCCCAGGGCCAGCCCCAGGGUGUCAAAUAAAGUGAACUUCCGAAAAACAAACCCAUACAAACCCAUAGAA